GGUGAAUCUGAGUUUAUUUACUCUUUUGUAAAUAAUUUCUAGAGCUGUAAAAUUUGAUAUGCAUUGGCAUCACAACGAUGGUUUGAAAGUCGCAACGUAACUUUGGAGCCGAUGACCGAUUGAAACAGAAGUUGUGUUCGGAGGUUUGACCGCAAUCACUUCGUGAACUUUGCUGCAUAUCUUCAAUUUUUAACUUAUCGUGUACUACUCGCAAAUUAUGGACUGACCCAAAUCUGAAUUACCCCAAGUUUCCACUUUUAUGAGACAAGAAGUUGAUGAGUAUCAGGAUGCCUGAACGUCGCCGAACAGAUCCGUUAGUUACCCAGCAUAUUUGGGAUGCUAUAAAGUUUAUUGUACAUCAAAGAUGUUUACCAAGUGAGGAGCGGGUCAUGCGCCACAUAGCUCGUACUUAUGGAAAGCCUGAGCAAACCGUACUAGAGGAUUUGAACAAUGCAGUUAAAGAUGGUCUUGUUCAAUUAAAAAAAGGAGCUAACAAGAAUGGUCUUGAACAAGAAAGUUAUAGAAUUCCUGUGGACUUAACUGACGUUGACAAACAUGACUGGUAUUGUUGCAAAUGCCAACGAGCUGGAGUUGUAGAUUGUUGUCAAAACUGCCACAGAGUAUUUCACCCUGAGUGUCAUGUACCAGAAAAUCCAGAAUUGAAGUACUGCAAUUUUUGUGAAAAAAUAAAUAAGGACUUAUUCGGGGACAAAUCUGACUUGAAUCAUAUACUUAACUUUACAUGUGGUCAUUUAAAAGCAAAAUUACCACCAGAGAUCACGAAUCGAACAAUUGUUUUCGAUAACACACCAGUUGUCACACCACCAGGUGGUAUCUCAGGACCAACUUGGGUAAGUGAUGGCGAAGAUUCUUGGCGAACAGAAAUUUUAAUCAAGAAUCACAUGGACUUGGCCAUCAUGGAUAAAAAAACAAAAAAAAGCGAAUACAAGAACCUUGCUGAAUUCGAAACAGACGCUCAUAAUAUUAUGCACAAUAUUAUUGUGUAUCACGGAGAACACAGUACGGUUGGGGAAAUGGGUAUCACAAUGUAUCAAGAUUGCUGUUACGAUCUUCAAGAAAUACGUCGUUGUGCUGAUUGUUAUCGAAUAUCUAAUGAGAAGUCCGAAAAAUUGUGGUUUUGUACACCAUGCAAUCCACCGCAUCAACUUGUUUAUGCCAAACAAAAGGGAUACCCAUACUGGCCAGCUAAGGUGAUGCAAAUAAAAGAUGACGUCUACGAUGUGCGAUUUUUUGGAGGUCACCAUAUGAGGGCUAAUAUUGAAAAGGUCUUUAUACGACCCAUCACAGUCAACUUAAGCACGCUACAGUCAGAGAAAGGAAAAUGGAAAGAAGUUAAGAUCAAGAGGUCUGCAGCUUGGAACAGGGCCUUUGAAGAACUUGAACGUCAUAAAACUCUGCUUGCUCAACUAGGAAAGUCUCAAACCAAAGACAGCGAAGUUUCGGAAGAUGACAACGGCCUAAAACCAGCUAAAAUACGGAAUGUUGAAUCACCAGGAAUAAACGGAUCAAAAAAUUCCAACACCAGUAAGUCAUUGCCUAUUUUUAAAGACUUGAGAGUCAAAGUAGAACGUUUGACUGAAGAAAGCCGCGGGGACAUGGAAUCUACUUCUGCAGAAGUCGAGGACAAACCAAAGACAUCAACAAGUCGGACGACCGGUGAGCAGCAAAAGACAACACCUGAAAGCAGAAAAACGAGCGAAGAAAGACAGCUGAAGAUUGUUGUGCAGGUGCCAUUCUUGCCAGUCGCCGAAGACGAACCUGCCAGGGAAAUUUCUAGCACCUGUCCACAGGGAUUAAGAAAAGAAGGAUCUCAGGAAGAUAUGGUUACCUCCAGCUCUCAGGAGCCAAGAUCAAAAUGCGUUCUGGUUCAAACUGAACAAAUACAAACCGACGUUCUCCCUGCCAAGGUUAAAAGAGGUCGAAGGACGUCCGAUCAGCCAAUGACAACAGCGUUAGAAAAGUUGCGACGUGAAUUGGAGUUGGACAAAUGCAAAGAGUUGGAGCGACUUCAGGCAGAGCAUUCCAAAGAGAUGCGCCAGUUGACUGAUAAACAUCAGCAAGUAAUUUCAGAAAUAAAAAAAAAACAAUGGUGUUACAAUUGCGAGGUGGAAGCAAUAUAUCAUUGUUGCUGGAAUACGGCAUAUUGCAGCAUCGAAUGUCAGCAAAUUCACUGGCAGCGUGAACACAAAAGGGUUUGCAGACGUAAGCGUUAAACUCAACAGCUAUUUUUGAUAAGUACAAAAACCAUUCAACACUUUUGAAAGUUGAGUAACAGCUGCGUUUAGUAAUAGCCCAUUUAUAGUUUGGGCUCCUUUUCUUUAAGAAAACAAGCAGCAUGUUUGUAUAUGCUGAAGUAAUAAUGCAGCUAAUAAAUCAGUUUCAAUUUUAACAGUUUGUCAUUUUAUUUAAAAAUAUGUGCAAUAUACUCACGACCAUAUGCAUACAUAUUCACAUUACCGAGCACCGAACAUUAGAUAUUUAAAACUAUUUACGGUGAACUGUAAAUUUUUUUGUUAAUUACAAGAUUACUGUUAUUUUUUCUGUCAAUACGAAUAUAACUUAGUAAUUACCUAUUUUUAGUUUUCCUAUGAGUGAAAGAGUCUAUUAUACCGCAUUAAAAGAAUGUUGAAAAUUUUUUGUUUUUGUCAUGCGUACGGAUGUAGCAUCGAUACGAUGAACGUUUUAUUCACAUUGCAUAGAAAUACCUCACCGAGAGAAGGAAACAAUUCUGCGAUAACUUGGCUUUAAUUAUGUAAUAGCAAAACAUGUAUUUGCUCAUUUACUAAAAAAAAAAAACGUGCUUUAAAUCGUUGAUAUCAAAUUCAGCUUCUUGUCCGCACAAGAGUCAGUUGAAGAACCCAAUGCGUAUACACAUGCAGGGAAAAUAUCUUAAGUACUCACUUUGUUUCUUUACGGUUAAUCUUUUUACCGAGGUUCUGGUGAAUUACUUAUCAGAUGCUUUUCUUAGACUUUUGACAGCUAUCAAUAUUGUCAGGUGGUAAUUCUGUUAUAUCAAGUGCUGCUAUUUUUUUUUUCUUUGAUACACAUUUUUUUCCAUAGAAAUUACAAUUAUCGUGAUUAUAUGAAUUUUUAGUAGCAUCAAAACACACUUUGCUUAUGCCAUAGUAGGAGCCCAAAAUCGCCUUUGUAAUAGAUUUGGUAAUUUUUCAAAGAAACAGUUCGUUGGCAAUGCAGAAUAGAAUUUAUUCCUUAAAACUGUUUUUUAUCACAAGACGUACUGUUUACUAGUUGGCUAUAAAUCUCAUAGAAGAAAUAUUUGAUGAGAAUAAUAAAUCUCUAAUAAUCCUCCAAUCUUUUUAUAAAUACUAUUUCAUUAGAUCAUUUUAAGAAAAAGCUGAAAUGUUGGAGAAUGAAGAAAAAACGAAAAGAAUUGCUUUCGAAAGCUAAACUGUCCCGAUAUAACUGAAAUAAAUAAGUAAAACGUUAUGAUUGAUAACCCAUGCUGGUUAGACAUUACAGGAGAUUAUUGUAAUAUCAAACAUAUAUUUUAUAAGUUUGUUGCCAGAGCGGAUUUGCAAGAGUUAUAAUAAAAUUGACCAUACUUUUCUGUAAA